AUGUCUGAGGGGAGGGAGGGAGGGAGGGAGGGAGUGAAGGGAGGGAAGGGAGGGAGGGAGGGAGGGAGGAAGAGGGAGGAGGAAGGGAAGGAUGGAGGAGGGGAGGGAGGGAGGGAAGAAAGGUAGGUAGGAAGGAAGGAAGGAAGGAGGAGGGAAGGAAGGGUAGGAAGGGAAGGAAGGGAAGGAGGGAAGGAAGGAAGGAAGGAAGGAAGGAGGAGAGGAGAAGGAAGGAAGGAAGGAGGAAGGAAGGAAGGAAGGAAGGAGGAUAGGAAGGAACGGAAUGGAAGGAAGUCGAAGCGAGAGAAGGAAGACGGAAGGAAGAAGAAGGAGGGUGAGCAUGUGUUGGUUUUUUUGCUGGACAAAUUAAUUAUAUCAAAGUGUUAGAGAGAAUGUGACUGGGUUUGAGUGAACUAUUUAGCUUUUGGUGUAGCAGCUACUAUAACAAGCAUGCAUUAUUCAAAUUGAUGAUGACGUGCAUGGGUGUGUGCGUGCCUGCGAGCAUGUGUUUUUGCAUGUGUGUGUGAGUACAAACUGUAGCUUAUACAGUGUGUCCCAAUAUACUGUAUAAAACAUGUCUAUACAGACGUAUGACAGUGGUGGUCUGAUAUUGACUACAGUCCAGGGACUAAUCAUUAGGUCACACACUGAUAAUGGAGAUCAUAGCAAGAGUAUAUUAAUCCACAUUUAAAUUCAACAAUCCCAUUAAUAAAAACAAGACACUAACAGAUCACUGACUGAACGGUUGAGUGGACUGAUACUGGAUGGAUGAUGCACUACCCACUGACAAGACUGAGCUAGGUAGCAUCCCAAAUAGCACCCCAUUCCCUAUAUAGUGCACUACUUUUGAGCAAAGCCCUAUGGGCUCUGGUCCAAAGUAGUGCACUAUAUAGGGAACAAGGAUAGAUAGGGACAGGGCAUCUGGACAUCUCACGCCUCAUUGACUUGAUAGAAUACUACUAAUGAUAAAUAAUAAAUAAUACAUAAUAAUAAUAAAUAAUAAUAAUACAUAAUAAUAAUAAUAAUACAAAAUAAAUAAUAAUAAUAAUACAUAAUAAAUACUAAUAACAAUAAACAAUAAAAGCCAGAUGACAACAGCAUACUAAGUGUGGAAAUCACAUUCUAAAAUAUUACUGUACCGCAUGUGGCAGGGACAUGCUUGAGGCUUCCUCGUUGGCUGUGUGGCGGAGCGGUCUCCCUGGGAGAGGAAAGGAGCUGUCUCCCUGGGAGAGGAAAGGAGCUGUCUCCCUGGGAGAGGAAAGGAGCUGUCUCCCUGGGAGAGGAAAGGAGCAGUCUCCAUGUGAGAGGAAAGGAGCUGUCUCCCUGGGAGAGGAAAGGAGCUGUCUCCCUGGGAGAGGAAAGGAGCUGUCUCCCUGGGAGAGGAAAGGAGCUGUCUCCCUGGGAGAGGAAAGGAGCUGUCUCCCUGGGAGAGGAAAGGAGCAGUCUCCAUGGGAGAGGAAAGGAGCAGUCUCCCUGGGAGAGGAAAGGAGCUGUCUCCCUGGGAGAGGAAAGGAGCUGUCUCCCUGGGAGAGGAAAGGGGAGAUGUCCUUAUUAACCUCACACAAACACGCGUGCGCACGUAGGCACUCACGUACACACACACACAUGCAAAUAGUCACGCAUGCACACACACACAUACGCUUCUCCUCCUGCCUGCUAGCAGUACGGCUCGCCACAGUGUGGUGGCAGUUCAGUCACAUUGCUCUGGACUCCAGCAGAAUACACAGGGUAAGCGUGCAGCAAUCAUUUUUUAUUGUGUUUUGUUGCAAGACUGCCUGCCAACCGGUCAGUCAGUUAAUAAUAACCUUGUAUGCGGACACAAAGCAGAGUGUUUUCAUGUCAGCUACUUGGCAGAGGCAAGCUGACUUUUAAUCAAGGCCUUGAGUGGGAUAAUUAAGGAUCUGGGCUCCAUUGAAACGUCAACACAUCAGGAAGGCACAAGGAGAUGAUAUAAGUCUGUCCAAUAUCUGGGUUUCAGAAAUAGUGGGUACUGUAUCUGGCAUAUGGAUACCUGGCAUCCCCCAAAUAGAAAUCAGCAUGUGCAUCAAAUGGACACUUGCUUAAAGACAAAUUUGAAAUGCUCUGUGAAUAGCAAUAAUUUGAAUUGUAUUUCGAACUGCAUUCACUUCUUCAUUCCUCUUGAAUAACUCAUCUAUGUCAUGUUCACACUUCUUUCAGGGUAAUCUUUGUUGUACCGUCCCCAGUGGACUCCUAAAGUGUUAGACUCACACAUCUAUUAUAUUUGGCUCUCUCUGGGGGGCAAUCUUCUCAGGCUGUUGUUGUGUAAUGGUAAUCUUUCUGAAGGUACAGACUAAACUGCUGUACUGUUAUGUAAUGCUAAUCUUUCUGAAGGUACAGACUAAACUGCUGUACUGUUGUGUAAUGGUAAUCUUUCUGAAGGUACAGACUAAACUGCUGCAGUAACUUCUUCAAAGCACUGCGAUGCUGAAGUCCUCACCUCUCUUCUUCUUCCUGCAUGGUAGGUGGCUGCUCCUGCUGUCGCGCUCAGCAAGCCAACGAGACUGCUACAUGUCCCUUCAUCUGAAGGACUGCUUGACAAAUUCGCUAUUAUAUCUACUCUGUAUGGAAUGUUCAUUCUGCAUCAUCUCUGGUCCUUUGAAGACAGAUAUUUCACCAGAUUUUAUUGGCACUAUGUUAUUUUAUUUAUUAACGGUAUCUGUGGCAUAAAAUGUCUCACGAGAUGGACAUCCAUUCUCUAUUAGAACUCACAGUCAGGGGUCGAGAUUUAGUCAAGCAAGCAGGGAUAAGAUGUUUUAAUGCUGGCUGCCGCUCUGCUCUGUGCUGCUGUUGAUGUUAUCUGGUUGCCUGUCUUUCUGUCUGUCUGUGUAAAGCAGAAAAAGCAGGUUACUUUGAACGCUACAGUCCCUCCCUGUCCACUGCAGUGGGGUCAGGAAAAAUACAUUUGCAUUUUAACACAGGUGUGUGGAGUGGUGAUGUCGAGCUGCGCGUGUGUGUGUGUGUGUGUGUGUGUGUGUGUGUGUGUGUGUGUGUGUGUGUGUGUGUGUGUGUGUGUGUGUGUGUGUGUGUGUGUGUGUGUGUGUGUGUGUGUGUGUGUGUGUGUGUGUGUGUGUGUGUGUGUGUGCUCCUCCUGCACCACGCCAGGACAGGGCUCACUGAAGGGCGGACUCUCUCAUGGCAUCUGACAUCCUCUUAAUAGAGAGACAUGGUUGCCACGGCAGCCUGCUGACUGACAAACCUGAUUUACUGUCCCAGUCUGUCUCCCAAAGUGCACACUAUUCCCUUUAUAGUGCACUACUUUUGACCAGGGCCAAUAAGGAGUAGGGUGAUAUUUGGGAUGCAUCCCCAAAUUGGUAUUCAGUUCAUCGGCUGAAUACACACACAGUCAAAUCAAUGUCGUUUUAUUCAGGGUACUAUAAUUCACACAGAUUCACACAGGGUACCGUAAGAUUUUCUCCACAUGAGUAUAGAUAAUACAUUUUUAAAUAAACUGGGCGUCCGUGUUUUUCAGUAUUCCACAGGCUAAAUACACAGACAGUUAAUUUGAGCCAGUUUUCUACAGCAGGAAAAUAAUCCUGCAGCAACAGCACAUGUGAAUUAUUAUGUGAAUUAUAAUUCAUAGACAUUUUUGUAGGGGUAGAUACAUUUUUCGUAAGAGAAAAUCAAGUCUGAAAUUUCAAAUGUGAAAUGACAAACUUCAGAAGCCUUUUAAACCUCAAAUACAUGACAAGCUUUCAAUCUCCUGCAGGAAAGUUCUCCUGCAACAGGGUGAUCAAAUUAUGAUUCUACUUCUGUAACAGAAAGUUGAAGUUCUCCCAUUUGAGUAUAGGUGAUAAAUGUUUAAAACUGAGCUUUGAACUGAAAUAUUGAAAUAUGUUCCAUGUUGAAAUAUACUGAAUAAAAAUCUAAACGCAACAUGUAAAGUGUUGGUCCCAUGUUUCAUGAGCUAAAAUAAAAGAUCCCAGACAUUUUCCAUACUCAUAAAAAGCUUAUUUCUCUCAAAUUUUGAGCGCAAAUUUGUUUACUUCCCUGUUAGUGAGCAUUUCUCCUUUGCCAAGAUAAUCCAUCCACCUGACAGGUGUGGCAUAUCAAGAAGCUGAUUAAACAGCAUGAUCAUUACACAGGUGCACCUUGUGCUGGAGACAAUAAAAGGCCGCUCUAACUCAGAGUUUUGAGGGAGCAUGCAAUUGGCAUGCUGACUGCCGGAAUGUCCACCAGCACAGUUGCCAGAUAAAUUAAUGUUAAUUUCUCUAUCAUAAGCCGCCUCCCCAACCGACCUCACAACCACACACCACGUGUAACCACGCCAGCCCAGGACCUCCACAUCUGGCUUCUUCACCUGCGGGAUCGCCUGAGACCAGCCACCCGGACAGCUGAUGAAACUGUGGGUUUAUUUCUGCAAAACUGUCAGAAACCAUCUCAGGGAAGCUCAUCCUCGUGCUCGUCGUCCUCACCAGGGUCUUGACCUGACUGCAGUUCAGCGUCGUAAAACCGAAUUCAGUGGGCAAAUGCUCACCUUCGAUGGCCACUGGCACGCUGGAGAAGUGUGCAAUUCACGGAUGAAUCCCGGUUUCAACUGUACCGGGCAGAUGGCAGACAGCGUGUAUGGUGUGGCGAGCGGUUUGCUGAUGUCAUUUUGUGAACAGAGUGCCCUAUGGUAGCGGUGGGGUUAUGGUAUGGGCAGGCAUAAGCUACGGACAACGAACACAACUGAAUUUUAUCUAUGGCAAUUUGAAUGCACAGAGAUACCGUGACGAGAUCCUGAGGCCAAUUGUCGUGCCAUUCAUCCAUCGCCAUCACCUCAUGUUUCAGCAUGAUAAUGCACAGCCCCAUGUCGCAAGGAUCUGAAGCUGAAUAUGGCCCAGUUCCUACAUGGCCUGCAUACUCACCAGACACGUCACCCAUUGAGUGUGUUUGGGAUGCUCUGGAUCGACGUGUACGACAGUGUGUUCCAGUUCCCGCCAAUAUCCAGCAACUUCGCACAGCCAUUGAAGAGGAGUGGGACAACAUUCCACAGGCCACAAUCAACAGCCUGAUCAACUCUAUAUUAAGGAGAUGUGUUGCACUGCAUGAGGCAAAUGGUGGUCACACCAGAUACUGACUGGUUUUCUGAUCCACGCCCCUACUUUUUUUUAAGGUAUCUGUGACCAACAGAUGCAUAUCUUUAUUCCCAGUCAUGUGAAAUCCAUAGAUUAGGGUCUAAUUAAUAUAUUUCAAUUGAGUGACUUUCUUAUAUGAACUGUAACUCAGUCAAAUCUUUGAAAUUGCUGCAUGUUGCGUUCAUAUUUUUGUUCAGUAUAGUUUGAAGUAAAAUGGGUUGAAUUUUCUUUUUCAGAUGACCUUUAACAAGAUGGCGGCUCGCUAUAUGCCUCAGUGACUCCAACAGUUCUGUUCCACUAAAAUGGCUCAAGUCGAGCUGCUCUGGACGUUCCCCCUUUCGGGCCUGAGAUUGUAAAUGGAUGAUAGCUGCCAUUUGUGAAGGUUACACACAAUGUUCUCUGAAUAAUGAUACUGCCACCAGCUACAGUACAGCCAGGUAGGUUGGUGCUCCCUCGGAGGCACGAUGUCCAACCGCAAACACCUUGAAUUUAAUAUUCAAACACUGCAGUGCCAAAAGGGUUCAUUAUCAAGAGUUAGCUACGAUGAUAUAUGUCUUGUAAACAACUUUAAUUGUAUUGUCCUAGAUUCACUUAGAAUGUAUUUAAAAGAGUGCACACAAACAAUGGUAAUAUACAAUGAGCAUGGUCUAUUUUCCUAAGGUGACAAAUGCUUGCAAAUAAUGGCUUCAAUUAGGAUACUGUAGCCACAAUUAAACCCACCAGAUUUAUUUUCAUCUGAACGGUCAUCUUUGAAAUGUCCAUUUUGUCCUGAAGAGGCCCAUAUGAAAAAGGUUUAAGCCUCCGUGAAGGACAUUUAAAUGUCUCAUCAUUUACAUUUGGGCAGAAGGCAUUUAUAAAAAUGUUAAAUGACGAUGCUCUCUGAACCAGACUGGCCUGGGACUGCUGAUGGAUCACCUGGAGCUCAGCAGGUGUGUGUGUGUGUGUGUGUGUGUGUGUGUGUGUGUGUGUGUGUGUGUGUGUGUGUGUGUGUGUGUGUGUGUGUGUGUGUGUGUGUGUGUGUGUGUGUGUGUGUGUGGUGUGGUGUGCGUGUGCGUGUGCGUGUGCGUGUGCGUGUGCGUGUGCGUGUGCGUGUGCGUGCGUGCGUGCUCACCCAGGAGUGUUGGAGAGAUUCUGGUCUGGACGUGAAGCUUUGAUCAAUGUGUCUUCCUCCACAGCCAGUCAGGAGAUGUACUACCUGCCAUGUUCAGAGCCCAUUGUUUAAUCCAACAGACGCAUCAUUUGCACAGCGACGUAGGUUAACGAUAGAAAGAUAACCAUUAAAAUAUAAAUUAAUCACUAUUACAUUUAUCUCCUCGUUCAUCCUUUCUGUCUCUCCCAGUAGACAGACACUACACACAGCAGUGUGCACACACACACACACAUUAAAAAGGAGUCUGUCCCUAGCUCUGACCAUUUUUUGAUUUCCACCUUGGUUUCCUGCUCUGUGAGAUUUGUCUGCUUUAUCUUGGCUGAGGGAUUCAGCUGGCUUCUGGGUGCACGUUUAGAUUGAGCUGGUUUACGGGUGCAUGUUUAGAUUGAGCUGGCUUCUGGGUGCAUGUUAGGAUUGAGCUGGCUUCUGGGUGCAUGUUUAGAUUGAGCUGGCUUCUGGUUGCCUGUUUAGAUUGAGCUGGCUUCUGGUUGCCUGUUUAGAUUGAGCUGGCUUCUGGGUGCAUGUUUGGAUUGAGCUGGCUUCUGGUUGCCUGUUUAGAUUGAGCUGGCUUCUGGUUGCCUGUUUAGAUUGAGCUGGCUUCUGGGUGCAUGUUUGGAUUGAGCUGGCUUCUGGGUGCAUGUUUAGAUUGAGCUGGCUUCUGGGUGCAUGUUUGGAUUGAGCUGGCUUCUUGGUGCAUGUUUAGAUUGAGCUGGCUUCUGGGUGCAUGUUUAGAUUGAGCUGGCUUCUGGGUGCAUGUUUAGAUUGAGCUGGCUUCUGGGUGCAUGUUUGGAUUGAGCUGGCUUCUGGGUGCAUGUUUGGAUUGAGCUGGCUUCUGGGUGCAUGUUUGGAUUGAGCUGGCUUCUGGUUGCCUGUUUAGAUUGAGCUGGCUUCUGGGUGCAUGUUUAGAUUGAGCUGGCUUCUGGGUGCAUGUUUGGAUUGAGCUGGCUUCUGGUUGCCUGUUUAGAUUGAGCUGGCUUCUGGUUGCAUGUUUAGAUUGAGCUGGCUUCUGGGUGCAUGUUUGGAUUGAGCUGGCUUCUGGGUGCAUGUUUAGAUUGAGCUGGCUUCUGGUUGCCUGUUUAGAUUGAGCUGGCUUCUGGGUGCAUGUUUGGAUUGAGCUGGCUUCUGGGUGCAUGUUAGGAUUGAGCUGGCUUCUGGGUGCAUGUUUAGAUUGAGCUGGCUUCUGGGUGCAUGUUUAGAUUGAGCUGGCUUCUGGUUGCCUGUUUAGAUUGAGCUGGCUUCUGGUUGCCUGUUUAGAUUGAGCUGGCUUCUGGUUGCCUGUUUAGAUUGAGCUGGCUUCUGGGUGCAUGUUUGGAUUGAGCUGGCUUCUUGGUGCAUGUUUAGAUUGAGCUGGCUUCUGGGUGCAUGUUUAGAUUGAGCUGGCUUCUGGGUGCAUGUUUAGAUUGAGCUGGCUUCUUGGUGAAUGUUUAGAUUGAGCUGGCUUGAGCUGGCUUCUGGGUGCAUGUUUAGAUUGAGAUGGUUUCUGGGUGCAUGUUUAGAUUGAGAUGGUUACUGGUUGCAUGUUUAGAUUGAGAUGGUUUCUGGGUGCAUGUUUAGAUUGAGAUGGCUUCUGGGUGCAUGUUUAGAUUGAGAUGGUUUCUGGGUGCAUGUUUAAAUUGAGAUGGCUUUUGAGUGCAUGUUUAGAUUGAGCUGGCAUCUGGGUGAAUGUUUAGAUUGAGCUGGCUUGAGCUGGCUUCUGGGUGUAUGUUUAGAUUGAGAUGGUUUCUGGGUGCAUGUUUAGAUUGAGCUGGCUUCUGGGUGAAUGUUUAGAUUGAGCUGGCUUGAGCUGGCUUCUGGGUGCAUGUUUAGAUUGAGAUGGUUUCUGGUUGCAUGUUUAGAUUGAGAUGGUUUCUGGGUGCAUGUUUAGAUUGACGUUAACAGUCCACGGCAAAUCCGAUUUAGGUCCUCUCACUCAGAAGGAGAGAAAAGGAGCUGUGAUUCUGUCACCCUCCUCCUCUGCUCCAUCGCCAGCCAGGCCCCAUCUAUCUCCUGUGUUUAAUUGGCCUGCUAAUCAAUUAGGGCCUGUGUGCACACAAACACACAAACACACACACACAGAAGAGCACACAUACACAGACACACACACACGGUGCAUGCACACACAAACACACAAACACACCCACGCACGCACACACUUCCCGUCGGCCAGCCGCAUAAAUGAGGCCAAAGAAAUCAAAGCCACAUUACAAACCAGGGCCUGUUGAAUAGAUCUGACUAAUGUAUGACUAGACACUGGACAGACAGCACGGAGGUAUUGUUUUUGUAAUGAGCUUUGAUUUUCUCGAGCCUCAUCUAUGUCAAACGGGUGUGUGUACAGAGGUUCUAAUUGAUUAGCAGGGCAGACCACGGAUAAGCAGCCUUGUUAGUUCCAUUUGUGCCGAAAAAGUGUCUACUACACUGUAAAUCUUUUCCCUGUAAAUGUACAGCAUUAUACUGGCACCACAGUUGCCAACUUAAUACUGUAAUUUUGCUUUACAGCAGAGAUGCUGUAAUAUGUUUUACAGCACUAUUUGCCUUACUGUAAAGACAUAUUACAGCAUCCUUGCUGUAAAUUUACAGAGACGCUGUAAUGUUUAACAAUAAGGAAAAUAGUACUGUAAAGCAAAAUGUAUUUAUUCAAAUUGGUAAUAGAAGUAACAAAAGUGAACACAUACACUACAUGACCAAAAGUAUGUGGUCACCUGCUCGUCGAACAUCUCAUUCCAAAAUCAUAGGCAUUAAUAUGGAGUGCCCCCCCCCCCCCCCCCCUUUUUGCUGCUAUAACAGCCUCCACUCUUCUGGGAAGGCUUUCCACUAGAUGUUGGGAAGGCUUUCCAUUGCUGCGGGGACUUGCUUCCAUUCAGCCACAAGAGCAUUAGUGAGGUCGGGCACUGAUGUUGGGCGAUUAGGCCUGGCUCGCAGUCGGCGUUCCAAUUCAUACCAAAGGUGUUUGAUGGGGUUGAGGUCAGGGCUCUGUGCAGGUCAGUCAAGUUCUUAUACACCGAUCUCGACAAACCAUUUCUGUAUGGACCUCGCUUUCUGCACGGGGGCAUUGUCAUGCUGAAACAGGAAAGGGCCUUCCACAAACUGUUGCCACAAAGUUGGAAGCACAGAAUUGUCUAGAAUGUCAUUGUAUGCUGUAGUGUUAAGAUUUCCCUUCACUGGAACUAAGGGGCCUAACCCGAACCAUGAAAACAUCCCCAGACCAUUAUUCCUCCUCCACCAAACUUUACAGUUGGCACUAUGCAUUCGGGCAGGUAGCGUUCUCCUGGCAUCCACCAAACCCAGAAUAGUCCGUUGGACUGCCAGAUGGUGAAGCAUGAUUCAUCACUCCAGAGAACGUGUUUCCACUGCUCCAGAGUCCAAUGGCGGCAACCCAUUUCAUAAAGCUCUUGAAGAACAGUUAUUGUGCUGACGUUGCUUCCAGAGGCAGUUUGGAACUCGGUAGUGAGUUUUGCAACCGAGGACAGACGAUCCCGCUCUGUGAGCUUGUGUGGGCUACCACUUUGCGGCUGAGCCGUUGUUGCUCCUAGACAUUUCCACUUCACAAUAACAGCACUUGAAGUUGACCGGGGCAGCUCUAGUAGGGCUGAAAUUUGACAAACUGACUUGUUGCAAAGGCAGCAUCCUAUAACAGUGCCACAUUGAAAGUCACUGAGCUCUUCAGUAAGGCCAUUCUACUGCCAAUGUUUCUCUAUGGAGAUUGCAUGGCUGUGUGCUCAUUUUAUACACCUGUCAGCAACGGGUGUGGCUGAAAUAGCCGAAUCCACUAAUUUGAAGGGGUGUCCACAUACGUUUGUAUAUAUAGUGUAUGUAACCAAAUAAGAUAAUCAUUACAACACUUAUGUAAACUAUAUUGUGUGCAUGUGUGUGGGCUGUGGGGGAGAGAGAGACAACGAGAGAGAGGGAGACGGAGUUAAAAUUGGGAUUGGGUUCAAUCUUAGAUUUUCAGAUUCAGAGCUCCGAGCUCCAACAUGCAGGACUAAGUGAAAUAAAACAAUGAGAAUGGUAAUAAGAAAAAUAGAAAUAGUACUAUAUACAUAGUAACAACUGUAGAAAUAGUACUAUAUACAUAAUAACAACUGUAGAAAUAGUACUAUAUACAUAAUAACAACUGUAUAAAUAGUACUAUAUACAUAGUAACACCUGUAGAAAUAGUACUAUAUACAUAAUAACAACUGUAUAAAUAGUACUAUAUACAUAGUAACAACUGUAGAAAUAGUACUAUAUACAUAAUAACAACUGUAGAAAUAGUACUAUAUACAUAAUAACAACUGUAGAAAUAGUACUAUAUACAUAAUAACAACUGUAGAAAUAGUACUAUAUACAUAGUAACAACUGUAGAAAUAGUACUAUAUACAUAACAACUGUAGAAAUAGUACUAUAUACAUAAUAACAACUGUAGAAAUAGUACUAUAUACAUAAUAACAACUGUAGAAAUAGUACUAUAUACAUAACAACAACUGUAUAAAUAGUACUAUAUACAUAAUAACAACUGUAUAAAUAGUACUAUAUACAUAGUAACAACUGUAGAAAUAGUACUAUAUACAUAAUAACAACUGUAGAAAUAGUACUAUAUACAUAAUAACAACUGUAGAAAUAGUACUAUAUACAUAGUAACAACUGUAGAAAUAGUACUAUAUACAUAACAACAACUGUAGAAAUAGUACUAUAUACAUAAAAACAACUGUAGAAAUAGUACUAUGUACAUAAUAAAAACUAUAGAAAUAGUACUAUAUACAGUGAGGGAAAAAAGUAUUUCAUCCCCUGCUGAUUUUGUACGUUUGCCCACUGACAAAGAAAUGAUCAGUCUAUAAUUUUAAUGGUAGGUUUAUUUGAACUGUGAGAGACAGAAUAACAACAACAAAAAAACAGAAAAACACAUGUCAAAAAUGUUAUAAAUUGAUUUGCAUUUUAAUGAGGGAAAUAAGUAUUUGACCCCCUCUCAAUCAGAAAGAUUUCUGGCUCCCAGGUGUCUUUUAUACAGGUAACGAGCUGAGAUUAGGAGCACACUCUUAAAGGGAGUGCUCCUAAUCUCAGCUUGUUACCUGUAUAAAAGACACCUGUCCACAGAAGCAAUCAAUCAAUCAGAUUCCAAACUCUCCACCAUGGCCAAGACCAAAGAGCUCUCCAAGGAUGUCAGGGACAAGAUUGUAGACCUACACAAGGCUGGAAUGGGCUACAAGACCAUCGCCAAGCAGCUUGGUGAGAAGGUGACAACAGUUGGUGCGAUUAUUUGCAAAUGGAAGAAACACAAAAUAACCGUCAAUCUCCCUCGGCCUGGGGCUCCAUGCAAGAUCUCACCUCGUGGAGUUGCAAUGAUCAUGAGAACGGUGAGGAAUCAGCCCAGAACUACACGGGAGGAUCUUGUCAAUGAUCUCAAGGCAGCUGGGACCAUAGUCACCAAGAAAACAAUUGGUAACACACUACGCCGUGAAGGACUGAAAUCCUGCAGAGCCCGCAAGGUCCCCCUGCUCAAGAAAGCACAUAUACUGGCCCGUCUGAAGUUUGCAAUGAACAUCUGAAUGAUUCAGAGGAGAACUGGGUGAAAGUGUUGUGGUCAGAUGAGACCAAAAUCGAGCUCUUUGGCAUCAACUCAACUCGCCGUGUUUGGAGGAAGAGGAAUGCUGCCUAUGACCCCAAGAACACCAUCCCCACCGUCAAACAUGGAGUUGGAAACAUUAUGCUUUGGGGGUGUUUUUCUGCUAAGGGGACAGGACAACUUAACCGCAUCAAAGGGACGAUGGACGGCGCCAUGUACCGUCAAAUCUUGGGUGAGAACCUCCUUCCCUCAGCCAGGGCAUUGAAAAUGGGUCGUGGAUGGGUAUUCCAGCAUGACAAUGACCCAAACACACGGCCAAGGCAACAAAGAAGUGGCUCAAGAAGAAGCAAAUUAAGGUCCUGGAGUGGCCUAGCCAGUCUCCAGACCUUAAUCCCAUAGAAAAUCUGUGGAGGGAGCUGAAGGUUUGAGUUGCCAAACGUCAGGCUCGAAACCUUAAUGACUUGGAGAAGAUCUGCAAAGACGAGUGGGACAAAAUCCCUCCUGAGAUGUGUGCAAACCUGGUGGCCAACUACAAGAAACGUCUGACCUCUGUGAUUGCCAACAAGGGUUUUGCCAUAAAGUACUAAGUCAUAUUUUGCAGAGUGGUCAAAUACUUAUUUCCCUCAUUAAAAUGCAAAUCAAUUUAUAACAUUUUUGACAUGCGUUUUUCUGGAUUUUUUUGUUGUUAUUCUGUCUCUCACUGUUCAAAUAAACUUACCAUUAAAAUUAUAGACUGAUCAUUUCUUUGUCAGUGGGCAAACAUACAAAAUCAGCAGGGGAUCAAAUACUUUUUUCCCUCACUGUAUACAUAGUAACAACUGUAGCAGUGAUGAAUAAAUAAAUGUCCAUUGGGGUGGACAUUGACCAUAGGGGGAGCAGCAGUCAGAUUAAAUUACCAUUGAGGGGGUGUGGGGACCAAUUGAAAUAAAACAAUAAAAAGCAGGCAGCCGACUAGUGGUGGCUAUUCAGCAGCCUGAUGGUCUGGGGGUAGAAAUUAUUGGCCAGUCUUCCAGUUUUCUGCCAUAAUGCUCCUGUGCUGUCCUGAGUAAUUGAAACAGGGAGAACAGGCCAUGGCUCUGGUGGCUGGGGUCCCUGAUGAUCGUAUUGGCCUUCCUGUGACACCUGGUGUUGUAGGUGUCCUGGAAGGCAAGCAGUGUGCACCCAAUGGUGCGUUCGGCUGCAAGUAUCCCCCUCUGAAGUGCCUUGCGGUCUGCAGUGGUGGAGUUGCUGUACCAGGUUGUGAUGCAGCCCGAUCUAUGAUCAGGGGCAACUCUGUUUGGGGUAAGGGGGUCCAGAGGCGGUGAAACACACAACAGGACAGUUAGGGCCCAGAGCAUCCAGGAGAGAGAAGUCAGCACAGCAUCAGGUGUUCCUUAUGGGGCUCCGUAACAAUCCUCCUCAGUUCUGAUUGGUCAGCUCUUCUCACGCCUAGGACAAGCAUAGAAAAAUAAAGAAUAGAAUGAGAGACAGUACCAGGGCUGUUACUGUGGAGGUAAAAAGACAGGGGGACAAGGGACAUAUUAAGCUGAUGUUGUGUGUGUGUGUGUAUGUGUACUUACCUCACUAGAGGUCUUCAUUCAAACUUAGUGAGCUCUUGGAAGAAUGGGGCAAGGCUUCCUCUGUGCCACCUUGUCAUGCACUUCUUCAGGAUUCAUCAUCUUGGGUUGAUUCGAACCUACAACAUAUAUCCAUUAUAGUUUAUGAAAUCAAUUGAGGCAUUGAACAAAUACAAAUAAGACAGCUAGAUACACCUACUUCAAACCCUAGCUAACUAAUACAACAUUGGUAUAGGCUACACAAUAUCACAGAUUAUUUUACCAGACUCACAACAUGUUCCUUUCUAGCUGUGCCACCAAAUGUUUGCAUACUACUGGUAAAGUGAACAGGUUUAGCUAAUACUGUAUGAUUAUGGAACAAUGUUGUUUAAAUUAAACAAAUGGAUAGUGGGAGAGCAUAGCCGCAGGAAGCAGUUUGGGGGUGGGGGUGCUGGAAAAACGCUUUGCCCGCGCUGCAGACGGCUAUAUUGGUCCGCUAAUAAAGGACUAUUAAAGGCCCAGUGCAUUAUAUUUGUGAAUAUUUUUUUAUUUUUAUGAUUCUGAUUUUUCAGGGGCUGCUGCAGCACCCUCAGCACCCCUACUUCCCGCGGCUAUGUGGGACAGGCUAUAUGGACAAUCCUGGCCUCCAAAAUGAUGACUUCUGUAGCCAGAUGAGAGCCAAGUGACAGCUAAGGAGGACACUUUCCCGGUGUUUUAGCCAUCUAUGCUCUCCCCAUUGAGUAAAAUAUAUCACGGUGACAUCUAGAUGGCUCCCAAUAUUAGUUAUUUCUUGUGUAGGCUGCUAUCCUACUUGAAAUACUGUAUCAUCCUGGGAGGGAAAAAAUGUGCCACGUUGCUAACUUCCACCGCCGACACUGGUUGGCAGGCACCUCAUUACAACAUGAUGCACUGGUCAUUCACAUCGGCUUUAGCAGCUCGCGAGUACGGCCCACAACGUGGUUUAUGUGUAAGAUGCGGCCCAUAAAUCCCCAAAAAUAUGGGUCAUCUUUUGAACUGCUAGAAACAAGCCAUUUUCUCUGUAGUAAUGGUGGAAACAUAACGGUCACGAAUCUGUGCUCAGUGUAUUUCUAUGGCACUCAUGGGCUGCAAUACAACCUAUAAUCACAAUCAUUAUUCUCUGGGUGAUGUUUUUCUAGGUCGCACAGCUAGAUAUCCGAAAUGGCUUUUGUCAAUUUCAGCAUGGAAAGGAAACAUGCAGUAAUUCAACAUUGGCUAGCAAUCAAUAUACUUAUAAACAAGUCAAGGUACCUACCCAGCAGCUGCUGAAGAUAUUCUUCCAUUUCACAGCGGCUUCAAGAAGAUAGUUACUAAAACAGUCUGAGCUUGUGUCUCACCUGACAGCAUGAGGUUGGCGCUUGAAAGGCAUAAGCUAUUACUGUAAAGAAAUAGUAUGUUCAAGUAAUUUUUUACAGGAGGCUUCCGAAUUACAGUUAAUAAGAAUAUUUUUCAGCAUUUUACCCAUAAUGCAGUGCAAUCUACAGCAUGAAUGCUGUAAGACACAUGUAUGGUAUUAUACUGUGCAUCCUACAGUGUUUUACUGUUGAAAUGACAGAAAAGUUUUACAGUGUACUUUGUAUCAUUCACAACCCCAUGUCAUCAUUGUCUUAUCGUUCACUUAGACACUUUUUGGGGGCACAAUUUGAACUCCAUAUGAUAAAACAAGGCUGUUCCUUCAGGAUCACAUGUCAACAAGAAUGAGGGAAUAAUGGUCUUUAAAAAUCUACAAUUUGGUAUGAGAUUAUAGAAGUCAGCAGAAUGUCAAAACACCAUCUACUUUCAGUUAACUUUAUGAAGUCAUGGCUCAGUGACUCUCCUGUCAUAACAUCCUUCCUUCCUGUCUAGUGCAGUGUCUCCUGUCAUAGCAUCCUUUCUUCCUGUCUAGUGCAGUGUCUCCUGUCAUAACAUCCUUCCUUCCUAUCUAGUGCAGUGUCUCCUGUCAUAACAUCCUUCCUUCCUGUCUAGUGCAGUGUCUCCUGUCAUAACAUCCUUCCUUCCUAUCUAGUGCAGUGUCUCCUGUCAUAACAUCCUUCCUUCCUGUCUAGUGCAGUGUCUCCUGUCAUAACAUCCUUUCUUCCUGUCUAGUGCAGUGUCUCCUGUCAUAACAUCCUUCCUUCCUAUCUAGUGCAGUGUCUCCUGUCAUAACAUCCUUCCUUCCUGUCUAGUGCAGUGUCUCCUGUCAUAACAUCCUUCCUUCCUGUCUAGUGCAGUGUCUCCUGUCAUAACAUCCUUCCUUCCUGUCUAGUGCAGUGUCUCCUGUCAUAACAUCCUUCCUUCCUGUCUAGUGCAGUGUCUCCUGUCAUAACAUCCUUCCUUCCUGUCUAGUGCAGUGUCUCCUGUCAUAACAUCCUUCCUUCCUGUCUAGUGCAGUGUCUCCUGUCAUAACAUCCUUUCUUCCUGUCUAGUGCAGUGUCUCCUGUCAUAACAUCCUUCCUUCCUGUCUAGUGCAGUGUCUCCUGUCAUAACAUCCUUCCUUCCUGUCUAGUGCAGUGUCUCCUGUCAUAACAUCCUUUCUUCCUGUCUAGUGCAGUGUCUCCUGUCAUAACAUCCUUCCUUCCUGUCUAGUGCAGUGUCUCCUGUCAUAACAUGCUUCCUUCCUGUCUAGUGCAGUGUCUCCUGUCAUAAUAUCCUUCCUUCCUGUCUAGUGCAGUGUCUCCUGCUGAACAUACUAUAAGUCUACCUAGAAUUGUUUUAUCAAGUUGCUUCAGUUUUUGAUUCAUUACCACAUGCAUGUCCAACCCUACAUUGGAUCCACAGUUCAAUCAAAUCCAGUAUCAUUAAAUAUAGUUAAACACUGUCAUUUAUGCGUUUUACUUAUAACGGUAGGUCAUUUUAGUUGAUGGUUUUGGUCUACAGUUAUAUGUCACAUUACUGUUUGAUCUUACCUACUAGGUUUGAUUUAAUGGUCCCUCAAGGUAUCUGUAAAGUUGUUUUUUAUCUGGAGAUGACUACGUGACAUACAUGGUAUUGUAACAUCUAAUGCAACUACAUGAUAUUUUAGUUAUGGGUAGCUCAGUUGGUAGAGCAUGGCGCUUGCAAUGCCAGGGUUGUGGGUUCGUUUCCCACGGGGGGCCAGUAUGAAAAUGUAUGCACUCACUAACUGUAAGUCGCUCUGGAUAAGAGCGUCUGCUAAAAAUGUAAAUGAAAUAUUUUGGUUUGUAAACAGAGAAAAUGCAGCCAUGAACUAACUAAAAAGUUAGUUCAUGGCUGCAUGUAGGAGAGUGAGUGGAUUAAAGCGUCAUCUUGCCUCAAGUCUUUCCUCUUUUCCUCAAGUAGUCUGCGGUUGAACACUUCACGUCGACUGCCUUUUUCAGUUUGGGUAGUGAUUUCACGCUUUACCCACACCUACCCAGAUGUAGCUUUGAGGAUUCUGCCGUCUGUAAUCGGGCCCUUAAUUAACUGGUGUCCGAUAUCCCCUGACUCUCUCUUCCCUUUUCCGAACCGCACCGCACGCAUACACCUGCUCAGCCUUUUUGUGAGUGCUCGUUUGAUCAUUAAGAUCAGGGAUUUACCAUUUGACUUUCACACUUCAAUCGUAUUAGGACGUUUAAAGGGGGACGGGGGCGUGUAGAGACUGACAAUGCACUGAAGAAUGAGGAGUCAUUUCCACAGUCAUUACCGUGGGUUCACGGUUUAAUUCCUGCACAUCAAACAGAGUGGGAGACCUCAGUGGGGUAGUAGACUUUAUUGAGAAGUGUGUAUCCUAGGCCCCCACUCUCUUCAAGGGAACAGCACAAAAGGCAGGCAAAGCAGGCAGGCAAUGUCCCACUGGCUAUAUACACUACAUGACCAAAAGUAUGUGGACACCUGCUCGUCGAACAUCUCAUUCCAAAAUCAUGGGCAUUAAUAUGGAGUUGGUCCCCCCUUUGCUGUUAUAACAGCCUCCACUCUUCUGGGAAGGCGUUCCACUAGAUGUUUGAACAUUGCUGCAGGGGCUUGCUUCCAUUCAGCCACAAGAGCAUUAGUGAGGUCGGGCACUGAUGUUGGGCGAUUAGGCCUGCAAUUCAUCACCAAAGAUGUUCGAUGGGGUUGAGAUCAUGGCUCUGUGCAGGUCAGUCAAGUUCUUAAACACCGAUCUCAACACCGAUCUCAGUCCAAACACCGAUCUCAGUCUACACAUUUCUGUAUGGACCUCGCUUUGUGCACGGGGGCAUUGUCAUGCUGAAACAGGAAAGGGCCUUCCCCAAACUGUUGCCACAAAGUUGGAAGCACAGAAUAGUCUAGAAUGUCAUUGUAUGCUGUAGCGUUAAGAUUUCCCUUCACUGGAACUAAGGGGCCUAGCCCAAACCAUGAAAAACAGACCCAGAACAUUAUUCCUCCUUCACCAAACUUUACAGUUGGCACUAUGCAUUCGGGCAGGUAGCGUUCUCCUGGCAUCCGCCAAACCCAGAUUCGUCUGUUGGACUGCCAGAUGGUGAAGCGUGAUUCAUCACUCCAGAGAACACGUUUCCACUGCUCAAGAGUCCGAUGGUGGCGACCUUUACACCACUAUAGCCGACGCUCGGCAUUGUGCAUGGUGAUCUUAGGCUUGUGUGCGGCUGCUCAGCCAUGGAAACCCAUUUCAUGAAGCUCCUUGAAUGUUCUUGAAAUUUUCCGGAUUGACUGACCUUCAUGUCUUCAUGUCUUAAAGUAAUGAUGGACUGUCGUUUCUCUUUGCUUAUUUGAGCUGUUCUUGCCAUAAUAUGGACUUGGUCUUUUACCAAAUAGGGCUAUCUUCUGUAUACCAACAAUACCUUGUCACAACACAACUGAUUGGCUCAAACGCAUUAAGGAAAGAAAUUCCACAAAUUAACUUUUAACAAGGCACACCUGUUAAUUGAAAUGCAUUCCAGGUGACUACCUCAUGAAGCUGGUUGAGAGAAUGCCAAGAGUGUGCAAAGCUGUCAUCAAGGCAAAGGGUGGCUAUUUGAAGAAUCUCAAAUAUAAAAUAUAUUUUGAUUUGUUUAACACUUUUUUGGUUACUACAUGAUUCCAUAUGUGUUAUUUCAUAGUUUUGAUGUCUUCACUAUUAUUCUACAAUGUAGAAAAUAGUAAAAAUAAAGAAAAACCCUUGAAUGAGUAGGUGUGUCCAAACUUUUGACUGGUACUGUACAUGUCCAUGUAUAGUGUAUCUAGGCAAAUGCCAGAUAUGGCUAAAAAAAGUAUGUGCUUUACUCAAUGACUCAAUCAAAAGAUUACAAUGUUAUAAGAACUUGAAUGAUUCAGACUGUUUUCCAUAAGGAAUAUAAAGUAAUUAAGGCAAUUAGGCUCCAUCUUUAUCUCUAUCCAGGCCUCUUAUCAAGAGGUAGGCCUAUUUCCUUAUCAUGGACACACAUUUAAUUAGAAACCCAUUCCAAUUAAUGAUGAUUUAAUGAAUUUACAGUUAGUCUGGCUCAAGUAGUAGGACAGAUUUCCCUUUUUGGUAAAGCUAGAAUGGGCUUUGAAAUGGGCUUUAGAAUGGGGACAGCACACUCAGUUGUUUCCAAUCAAACAAAUACACAAAGACAAACUUUUGUUUAUCACAUAACAUUAACAUUAACAUAACAAAACUCAAAAGAUUAUGUUCAACAGGUGUGUUCAAGCCAAUGGAAGUUCUAUGGGAUUCAAGACAAUACACCACCACUUAAUUUAAUGAUUAAUUUGAACUGAUUAGCAAUGGCUCUUAAAAUUUAGUAAUCUCUCUCUCCAUUCAGUCCUGUUGAUUUGACUUUGAGCCACAAGUUCAUCUUGCUCUCUCUUUCCCCGUCCCCAUGCUUUAGCCGAAUGGUUUUAUCAUUUUGCCCUGACAUAGGCAGAGUCAAUAAAAACACACUGCCCUAAAUCACCAAAGUAUGUACGCUUAAAUAACUCCAAGCCAGGCCAGCUAGUCAUCUGACACACAAACACACACACACACAUUCCUCUGGGUCGUAUUCAUUAGGCACGAAACAAGAAAAGUAAAACGGGCUGAAAUGCUUAGGUACUGUCUGUCCAACAAGAAAGUUGUCCAAUAAGAAAGGCUUGUUUUCAUUUUCCAUAAUGAUUAUGAGCCUGCUGAGCACUGGGCCUAUGUUGCUACUCUGCUCGCAGCUCAGGGGAGAGGUGGGGUGAGGCAGGUAACCAAGGUGCAGAAAGAACAUACACAGCACAGAAGCCAGACGUUUACCUAGCUUCACCCUUCACACAGAGGGUUUCACAGUACAGUACAUUAGCACCUGAUGAUUGAUUGAGAUGGUGGACUUAGCUCAUGGUGAAAUAACCUACAUGGUGACUUUCAAAGGUUAACCUAUAGCCUACAAGGUGUGGACUUGUAAGGACUAAUUGCUCAUGUGAGUAAAACUCUUUACUCUGUGAUAUGUAGUGGCUGGCUCUGAGGCAUAGACCUGUGUCCAAUAUGGAACAUAGCCAAAAAUCUUUCACAUUGCUCUGUAGAAGAGAGGUGGUUAAAUAAUCCUACUACUCAGAACAAUGGACACACAGUAAAAUGAUUUAAUUUACAAUUUUCCGGGAAGAAUUCUUGUGAAACCUUAACUGCCUUCUUCUGCUCUGUAUCCUGACCAAUUGAAUCUGUGCUGUUUUCCUCUCCCUCCAUCUCUCUCUAGGGGAUCGCUACAUAUCACAUUACCUGUAUCAUGGCCCUGAGAAAUACCUCUGGAACUAUAGCAGUCCCCAGACUAGUUGUCAAGAUCAUAGGCAGCAAACAGGUCAAGUAUUUCAUCACAGAAGAGCCAGACAAGUGAGAUGAAUCAGGUCGAUCAAAGAUCAAGCUGUGUUCUUAGAAUAGAAAAGAAUGGAAUGGAUGGAAUGGAAUAACUGAAAAUAGAAUAGAACUGAAUGGAAUAGAAUAGAAAAACAUACAAUACUAUACAAUAUAAUUAAUAAAUACUUUACUUUACAUUCUUGUGAGGAACGGAAAUCUCAAUUAAAGUAGCAGUAAAGUCUCAAUGGUAAUUCUGCUUCAAAAUACCACAUCUUACACUUGCUGUGACUUAACUGGAUCACGUUGCAUAUUUAUUUAACUGUGCACUAGGGAGAAAGGAGCAGCUAUUCCUCUGGACGUUGUGGAUAAUGUGAUGAAGGAACCACCAGACAAACAGGACUCUAUAGUGGCCAGAUCACACAGACAAGCUGAGGCUGAGGGGGGUGUGGGGUCAGCUCUUCAGGCUGCGCUCAACAAGGUAAACCCUGAACCAUAAUAUAGUGGUUAUACUUAUGUUAUUAAGUUAUGUUAUUAAGUUUGCAUUUUAUUAUCAUGUAGCUUAGAAAAAUAUAUAAUUGUACAUAUUUUCAAAAAUGGUAUCUGCCCUCUUAUAUGUCCAAUAAAAAUAAAAAUAAAUGUGAAAAUAUGACAUUGUGUGAGUAGUAUAUUUCAAGAUGGAUAGACAAAGGUGACAUGAACCCUAUGGUUAAGGGAUUUCAUUGAUGUAUACAGUACAUUUUGCACAUUGAGCUGUAUCUUUCUAGUGGAAAGCUCAAAACACUAAGUGUUGGGUUCACUUGACAGGCCCCAACCAGACUGUGUGUGACAGCUCCCUCUGGUGACCGUUCCCUGUCCUACAUCCAUCAGAGGAACCCAGCUGUCACAAGAACUGAACUCAGAGCAGGAACAGCAGCAAGGGCAUCUGAGGAGGAGAAGGUUUGUCCUAGCUAUAGCCUAACUGUGAUCACUUGAUUUAACUUUUAUUUUACUCAAACAAAAUGUGGUCUGCACAGUGUGUCCUGCAGUGAUCACCACUUUCAUACAUAAAACAGAUGAUACCCAUGCUUUAUUUUACAUUACAUUUUAGUCAUUUAGCAGACGCUCUUAUCCAGAGCGACUUACAGUUAAGUGAGUGCAUACAUUUUCAUACUGGUCCCCCGUGGGAAUCGAACCCACAACCCUGGCAUUGCAAAGCGCCAUGCUCUACCAACUGAGCUACACGGGAUUGUAUGGCAUUGUGUUAUUUCUACUGACACCUUAAUUAUCACAUCCUACUGGUGUGGAGCUCAAUGAGGGCUUAUUCUGAUUUCUAAGACUCACUUAGAUAAUUAAUUUGAUGAUACAGCAGUAGCAAUACAAGAAUAUAACAUCUAUAGAAGAGACAUAAAUGCUUAUGGGGGAGGUGUUGCUGUAUAUAUGUCAAGGGCUGAGGUGUAAGGUGUGUAGAAGUCAGGCGCAGGACACCGAAGCUAGUCCAACAAAGUUUACUGAAGUUUACCAAUAGGCAAAAAUACAGAGAACGGCCUCAACAAUAAACAGAGGCGAGCAAUUACGCAAACUGUGCGUAAAACAAAUAAACAAGAAAACAGGUACAAAACACGCAGCACAACGGACAGGCGAAAAACAACACACAAUCUAACCUAAGCAAAACAAGGAACUUAUAGGACAAGUAAUCAGCACACAAACGGACACAGGUGUAAAAGACAGACGAAAGCAAUCACACCAAGAAACAUGGAGCGGUGGCAGCUAGUACUCCGGGGACGGCGAACGCCGAAGCCUGCCCGAACCAGGAGGAGGAGCAUUCUCGGCAGAAUCCGUGACAGUACCCCCCCCCUUGACGCGCGGCUCCAGCCGUGCGCCGACCCCGGCCUCGGGGACGGCCAGGAGGACGCGGACCCGGGCGCGUGGGAUGCCCACGGUGGAACUCAGUCAGGAGGGACGGAUCUAGGAUGUCCCUCCUAGGCACCCAGCACCGUUCCUCCGGACCGUACCCCUCCCACUCCACGAGAUACUGGAGACCACUCAUCCGGCGCCUCGAGUCCAAGAUGGUCCGGACCCUGUACGCCGGGGCCCCCUCGAUGUCCAAAGGGGGCGGAGGGGUCUCUCCUAUCUCAUCUUCUUGGAGUGGGCCAGCUACCACCGGCCUGAGAAGAGACACAUGGAACGAGGGGUUAAUAUUCUUGUACUCAAUAGGCAGUUGUAACCUGUAACACACCUCGUUCAACCUUCUCAGGACUUUAAAGGGCCCCACAAACCGCCGACCCAGCUUCCGGCAGGGCAGGCGGAGGGGCAGGUUUCGAGUCGAGAGCCAGACUCGAUCUCCCGGUGCGUACACCGGUCCCUCACUGCGGUGGCGAUCGGCGCUCGCCUUUUGUUGACGGAUGGCACGCUGCAGAUGGACAUGGGCAGCGUCCCACGUCUCCUCCGAGCGCCGAAUCCACUCGUCCACCGCAGGGGCCUCGAUCUGGCUCUCGUGCCAUGGUGCCAGGACCGGCUGAUAACCUAAAACACACUGGAAAGGUGUUAAAUUGGUGGAGGAGUGGCGGAGAGAGUUCUGGGCCAUCUCUGCCCAGGGGAUGAACCUAGACCACUCCUCCGGCCGGUCCCGGCAAUAGGACCUCAGAAACCUACCCACAUCCUGGUUGACACGUUCAACCUGCCCAUUGCUCUCUGGGUGGUACCCCGAGGUAAGGCUUACCGAGACCCCCAAGCGUUCCAUGAACGCCCCCCAAACUCUGGAGGUGAACUGGGGACCUCGGUCAGACACAAUAUCCUCGGGGACCCCAUAGUGCCGGAACACAUGGGUAAAUAGGGCCUCAGCGGUCUGUAGGGCAGUAGGGAGACCCGGCAUUGGGAGGAGACGACAGGCCUUGGAAAACCGAUCCACAACGACCAAAAUGGUGGUAUUCCCCUGGGAGGGGGGUAGGUCGGUCACAAAAUCCACCGAUAGGUGGGACCAUGGUCGUUGUGGAACGGGCAGGGGAUGUAACUUACCCCUGGGCAAAUGUCUAGGCGCCUUACACUGGGCGCACACCGAGCAGGAGGAGACAUAAACCCUCACAUCCCUAGCUAACGUUGGCCACCAAUAUUUCACGCUAAGGCAGUGCACUGUCCGGCCAAUACCUGGAUGUCCAGAGGAGGGUGAUGUAUGAGCCCAAUAAAUCAGACGAUCACGAACCUCGAGCGGGACGUACGUCCGUCCCACAGGACACUCGGGGGGAGUAGGGUCGGUACGCAGUGCCCGCUCGAUUUCCGCAUCGACCUCCCACACCACCGGAGCCACCAAACAAGACUCCGGCAGUAUGGAAGUAGGCUCAAUGGACCUCUCCUCUGUGUCAUACCGCCGGGACAGGGCGUCUGCCUUACCGUUCUGGGACCCUGGGAUGUAUGUGAUCUUAAAAACAAACCGGGUCAGGAACAUGUUCCACCUAGCCUGACGAGGGUUCAAUCUCCUAGCUGCCCUGAUGUACUCCAGGUUACGGUGAUCAGUCAGAAUGAGGAAAGGGUGUUGAGCCCCCUCAAGCCAAUGCCUCCACACCUUUAGGGCCUGGACUACAGCUAACAGCUCCCUGUCCCCAACGUCAUAAUUUCGCUCCGCCGAGCUGAGCUUCUUGGAGUAGAACGCACAGGGGCGGAGCUUAGGUGGCGUGCCGGACCGUUGUGACAGGACUGCCCCUAAGCCGGCCUCGGACGCGUCUACCUCUACUUGGAAAGGUAAAGAGGGAUCCGGAUGCACCAGCACCGGGGCCGAGGUGAACAGGUUCUUCAGCUUGGCAAAUGCCCUGUCCGCCUCAGCUGACCACUGCAACCGCACCGGACCCCCCUUUAGCAAGGACGUAAUGGGAGCUGCAACCUGUCCAAAGCCCCGGAUAAACCUCCGGUAGUAAUUAGCAAAACCCAAGAACUGCUGCACCUCUUUGACAGUGGUUGGAGUUUGCCAAUUACGCACGGCCGACACACGGUCUACCUCUAUCUCCACACCAGACGCGGACAACCGAUAACCCAAAAAGGAGACGGACUCCUGGAAGAACAGGCAUUUCUCUGCCUUGACAUACAAGUCAUGCUCCAACAGUCUUCUCAACACUCGGCGCACCAGGGCUACAUGCUCGGCUCGUGUGGAAGAGUACACUAGGAUGUCGUCGAUGUAUACUACCACACCCUGCCCAUGCAUGUCCCGGAAAAUCUCGUCAACAAAGGAUUGGAAGACUGAAGGAGCAUUCAUUAACCCGUAUGGCAUGACGAGAUACUCGUAAUGACCCGAGGUGGUGCUAAAUGCGGUCUUCCAUUCAUCCCCCUCCCUAAUGCGUACCAGAUUGUACGCGCUCCUGAGAUCCAACUUUGUGAAGAACUGCGCUCCGCGUAAUGAUUCUGUCAUAGUCGCAAUCAGUGGAAGAGGGUAACUGUACUUAACCGUGAUCUGAUUGAGACUACGAUAGUCAAUACACGGGCGCAAACCCCCGUCCUUCUUCUUCACAAAGAAGAAACUCGAGGAAACCGGGGAAGUGGAGGACCGUAUGUAGCCCUGUGCCAAGGACUCGGCUAUGUAAGUUUCCAUAGCCGCUGUCUCCUCUUGAGACAGUGGAUACACACGGCUCCGCGGAAGUGCCGCUCCUGUUUGGAGAUCUAUCGCACAAUCCCCCUGUCUAUGAGGUGGUAGCCGUGUAGCCCUCGUUUUACUGAACACAAGUGCUAAAUCCUCAUACUCAGGGGGAAUGCGCAUUGCGGGCACUUGGUUCGGACUCUCUACCGAGGUCGCCCCUAAGGAAACACCUAGACAUCUCCCUACACACUGGGCAGACCACUCCAUAAGAGCCCUCUGUUGCCAUGCAAUGGUAGGAUCAUGGGUGCUUAACCAGUGAAGCCCCAGCACCACGGGAUACGCAGGAGAGUCAAUCAGAUAAAACUGAAUGGUCUCCUCAUGACCCCCCUGCGUCGUCAUCUUAAGUGGUGCUGUGACUUCUCUGAUCAGCCCCGACCCCAACGGCCGGCUGUCUAGGGCGUGAACAGGAAAGGGGGCUUCUACCGGCCGAAGGGGAAUUCCUAACUUAUAACAAAAUGCACGAUCAACAAAAUUCCCAGCUGCGCCUGAAUCUACUAGCGCCUUAUGCUGGGAAUGAGGUGCCACCUGUGGAAAUCUCACAGGUAUACUCAUGUGACCAACAGAGAGCUCUGGGUAAGUGGGGCGCCUACUCACCUGAAAUGACUCCCCAGUGCGUGACCUGUUGUCCCCUCUCCCAGGAGACCCUCCCCAGCACCUGGCCGCGGUGUGUCCUCCACGGCCACAGUUGGUGCAGGGGAUGGCCCCCCUCGGGUUCUCUCUCCUCCUCUCUCUAGCGCCAGCACCCCCGAGCUCCAUGGGAAUCGGCUCGGAGGUGCUGGAGGGUGGAAUGGACGACCCCCACUCGGGACGUCCGCGGGUAGCCAGCAGGGUGUCGAGACGGAUGGAGAUGUCUACCAACUGGUCGAAGGAUAGGUUGGUGUCCCUGCAGUACAGCUCACGACGAACGUCCUCUCGUAGGCUACACCGGUAAUGGUCGAUGAGGGCCCUCUCAUUCACCCCGCAUCCGCCGCUAGAGUCCGGAACUCCAGGGCGAACUCCUGUGCGCUCCUCUUCCCCUGUCGGAGGUGGAACAGACGCUCCCCCGCCGCCUUCCCCUCAGGUGGGUGAUCGAAGACAGCCCUGAAGCGGCGGGAGAACUCCGCGUAGGUGAUGGUAGCGGCGUCUAUUCCCCUCCAUUCGGCGUUGGCCCACUCCAACGCCUUGCCGGAUAGACAGGAGAUGAGGGCGGAGACGCUCUCGUACCCCGAGGGCGCUGGGUGUAUGGUAGCCAGGUAGAGUUCCACCUGCAGGAGGAACCCCUGACACCCGGCUGCAGAACCGUCAUAUGCCCUCGGGAGCGAGAGCCGUAUGCCACUGGGUUCCGGUGCUGAGAGAGGAGGACUGGCCGUUGGUGAUGGGAUGGUGUGAGAAGGCGUGGGCACCUCUCCAGUCACCAACCGGCGCAGAGUGUUGGACACCUCGUUCAUGGCGGCCCCAAGUUGCCGGAUCAUGGUGUCGUGAUCGCUGAUCCGAUCCUCCAGCGACUUGGGUGCCGCCACUGCUCCUGCUGACUCCAUGCGGGUGUGUUGUUCUGUCAAGGGCUGAGGUGUAAGGUGUGUAGAAGUCAGGCGCAGGACACCGAAGCUAGUCCAACAAAGUUUACUGAAGUUUACCAAUAGGCAAAAAUACAGAGAACGGCUUCAACAAUAAACAGAGGGGAGCAAUUACGCAAACUGUGCGUAAAACAAAUAAACAAGAAAACAGGUACAAAACACGCAGCACAACGGACAGGCGAAAAACAACACACAAUCUAACCUAAGCAAAACAAGGAACUUAUAGGACAAGUAAUCAGCACACAAACGGACACAGGUGUAAAAGACAGACGAAAGCAAUCACACCAAGAAACAUGGAGCGGUGGCAGCUAGUACUCCGGGGACGGCGAACGCCGAAGCCUGCCCGAACCAGGAGGAGGAGCAGUCUCGGCAGAAUCCGUGACAAUAUAUUCAGAGUCAUAUCCAUGUAAUGCUUAGAGAAGAUCUUAUAUCAAGUGAAAUUGAAGUGGUGUGGUUGCAGGUUCACUUGCCACAUCUAAAGCCUUUUCUUUUGGGGUGUUGCUAUAGGCCACCAAGUGCGAACAGUCAGUAUUUAAAUAAUAUGUGUGAAAUGCUUGAUAAUGUAUGUGAUGUAAACAGAGAGGUCUACUUUCUUGGGGACCUGAAUAUUGACUGGUUUUCAUCAAGCUGUCCGCUCAAGAGGAAGCUUCUUACUGUCACCAGUGCCUGUAAUCUGGUUCAGGUUAUUAAUCAACCUACCAGGGUGUUUACAAACACUACAGGAACAAGAUCAUCCACAUGUAUCGAUCACAUUUUUACUAGUACUUUAGAACUUUGUUCUAAAGCUGUAUCUGUACCCAUUGGAUGCAGUGAUCACAAUAUAGUGGCUAUAUCCAGGAAAGCCAAAGUUCCAAAACAGCUGGGCCUAAAAUAGUGUAUAAGAGAUCAUCCAAAAGAUUUUGCUGUGACUCAUAUGUGGAUGAUGUAAAAAAUAUUUGUUGGUCUGAUGUGAUUAAUAAGGAGCAUCCAGAUGCUGCACUUGAUGAAUUUAUGAAAUUGCUUCUUCCAAUUAUUGAUAAACAUGCACCUGUUAGGAAACUGACUGUUAGAACUGUUAAGGCUCCAUGGAUUGAUGAGGAAUUUAAAAACUGUAUGGUUGAAAGAGAUGGGGCAAAAGGAGUGGCUAAUAAGUCUGGCUGCACAUCUGACUGGUUGACUUACUGCAAAUUGAAAAAUUAUGUGACUAAACUCAACAAAAAGAAGAAGAAACGGUAUUAUGAAGCCAAGAUCAAUGAUAUAAAGAAUGAUGGAAAAAAAAACUUUGGAGUACUUUAAAUGAAAUUAUGAGUAGAAAGACAAAUUCAACUCCAUCUUUCAUCGAAUCAGAUGGCUUAUUCAUCAGAAAACCAUUUGAUGUUGCCAAUUAUUUUAAUGAUUACUUCAUUGGCAAAGAGGGCAAACUUAGGCAGGAAAUGCCAACAAUGAACAGUGAGCCAUCGUAUUCAUGCAGAAAAAAACAAAUAAUGAAAGAAAAGCAUUGCAACUUUGAUUUUUGUAAAGUUAGUGUGGGAGAGGUGGAAAAAUUAUUGUUAUCGAUCAAUAAUGAUAAACCUCCUGCCAUUGACAACUUAGAUGGAAGGCUACUGAGGAUGGUAGCUGACUCUAUAGCCACUCCUAUCUGUCAUAUCUUUAAUCUGAGCCUAGAGGAAAGUCUUUGUCAGGCCUGGAGGGAAGCCAAAGUCGUUCUGCUACCCAAGAAUGGUAAAGCGGCCUUUACUGGUUCUAACAGUAGACCUAUAGGCUUGCUGCCAGCUCUUAGCAAACAUUUGGAAAAAAUUGUGUUUGACCAAAUACAAUGCUAUUUCUCUGUAAACAAAUAAACAACAGACUUUCAACAUGCUUAUAGGGAAGGGCACUCAACAUGUACUGCACUGACACAAAUGACUGAUGAUUGGUUGAAAGAAAUUGAUAAUAAUAAGAUUGUGGGAGCUGUACUGUUAGAUUUCAGUGCAGCCUUUGAUAUUAUUGACCAUAACCUGUUGUUGAAAAAACGUAUGUGUUAUGGCUUUUCAACCUCUGCCAUAUCAUGGUUUCUGAGCUAUCUAUCUAAUAGAACUCAAAGAGUUUUAUUUAAUGGAAGCUUCUCUAAUGUCAAACAUGUAAAGUGUGGUGUACCACAGGGCAGCUCUCUAGGCCCUCUACUCUAUUCUAUUUUUACCAAUGACCUGCCACUGGUAUUAAACAAAGCAUGUGUCCAUGUAUGCUGAUGAUUCAACCAUAUAAGCAUCAGCAACCACAGCUAAUGAAGUCACCGAAACCCUUAACAAAGAGUUGCAGUCUGUUUUGGAAUGGGUGGCCACUAAUAAACUGGUCCUGAACAUCUCUAAAACUAAGAGCAUUGUAUUUGGUACAAAUCAUUCCCUAGUUCUAGACCUCAGCUGAAUCUGGUAAUGAAUGGUGUGGCUGUUGAACAAGUUGAGGAGACUAAAUUACUUGGCGUUACCUUAGAUUGUAAACUAUCAUGGUUAAAACAUAUAGAUUAAUGGUUGUAAAGAUGGGGAGAGGUCUGUCCGUAAUAAAGAGAUGCACUGCUUUUUUGACACCACACUCCAAAAAGCAAGUUCUGCAGGCUCUAGUUUUGUCUAAUCUUGAUUAUUGUCCAGUCGUGUGGUCCAGUGCUGCAAGGAAAGACCUAGUUAAGCUGCAGCUGGCCCAAAACAGAGCGGCACGUCUCUGACACACACACACUUACCCCACCAGACAUGCCACCAGAGGUCUUUUCACAGUCCCCAAAUCCAAAACAAAUUCAAGAAACGUACACUACUACAUAGAGCCAUUAUUGCAUGGAACUCCGUUCCAUCUCAUAUUGCUCAAAUAAACAGCAAACCUGGUUUCAAAAAGCAGAUAAAGCAACACCUCACGGCACAACGCCUUAUCCCUAUUUGACCUAGAUAGUUUGUGUGUAUGUAUUGAUAUGUAGGCUACAUGUGCCUUUAAAAAAUGAUGUCAUGUUUCAUGUUUUGUGUGGAUCCCAGGAAGAGUAGCUGCUGCUUUUGCAACAGCUAAUGGGGAUCCUAUAAAAUACCAAAAUACCCACCAUAGAAGUAGAAUCAUUCAAUAUAAAUAUAUUUCUAUGUAGCCCACAUCCUCAUACAGAGAUCUACCAGAGGAAGAACAGGAAGACUGUCUCUCAUUGGCCAUCAGUGAGCAGCUGGCUGACUGGCAGGCUUCUUCACCCCUGAGGACCAUUCAGGAGGAAGUUGUUGCACUUGACCCUGCCCUCAAAGGGACCAUCAGCCAAUCACAGAUCACUCAGGCGUUUCUAAGACACGAGGUUCCACUGAAGUUACCAACAUUCCGUCAGCUCCUCCUAACGUUCUGUGAUGCUGACCACCCAGAUCAGGUAGGGUUGAAAUUAAACAUCACAAAGGAGUUUAUUUAA